GACCGCGACUUGCAGGUUUAAUUAGGCCUAGCUUGUUACCAUCAUGGUGUCAUAUCUGAGAUUGUUCCUGUGAAUGUGAUUAAUGAGAAAGUGUGCUGACCUAUAGGGUAUUGACUAUCUAUUGCUCUGUCACGUGCUAGAUACACAGUGAGGGAGUGGGUGUGUUGAUGACGUUUGUAGGACACACAGAUUCUGGGUUGUUGUGAACACGUCUGAGCAGAUCGUGCUCAAUCUCCUGCUGCGUUGUUCAUGUGUGGAAGGCAAACUCCGGAGAAAGUCCAUCCAGACCCAAUUGUGCGGACAUUCUCAAGAGUUCAUGUUUGAAAAUGCUUAUGAAUACUCAAUAAAGGGGGAUGUUUAACCUGAGGAUCACCAGCUUCGAUCUAUCCAGCUUCCUGCUCUUGCUUCUCCAUCUGGCUAGAGAUGUGUUAUUAUGUCAAACAUACAAGCUUGACAUGUGACAGGCUUGAUUGUUUGUUCGGCCGCCUCUCUGUUAGCAGGGAACAAUUUGAGGGCCCUUGCAAACUGGUUUGAGUGACAUCCUGCCACCGUGUUGUUUGUUUACAGUAUCUGUCUCUCCCUUCCUGAGCUGCCUGCAUGUUUGUAUUUUGGUUUGUGGGUGACUCACUUGUAGCCACCACAACAGAGCCAUUGUCGGGGGCAGUUCAGCGCCUGGAAAUUCUGACGCAGAGAAAACAGAAGGAACGGUUUGCUGAGAAAGCGAUAGCCGAGGGAGAGUGGCCCUUAUUCUCAUCUUUCAGAUGCAGCUUUGGUUUGGAAGUCCCCGAGUCCUGUGAAGAGACAUCUCCGUCACUGAUCCCGAGAAUUGUCUUUGAUUGACAGCGAGCUGUGAUUAGCAGUGGAAAGUUUCACUGCCCCUGCUCUUGAGGCAGUGAAAGCAGCCAGUCUCAGGCUGCUGUGUCCGUGACUCACAGCGUCAUGCAGGGCCUGCUGCUCGAGGACAAUAAGGAACGCUUAAUCCACCUGUUAUCAGGGUGAGCUUCCUCCUGUCACACACUCACACAGGCGCAGGACUGUGGCUCAGGAAUGCAGCAUACCCUCCCAGUCACAGAAGGACAAGCUUAACUGAUGGACCCUCACAAAAACUCUGUUGAUGUAGCUGUAAGGUUGGAGUCUCCUAUUAUCCGCACAUUGAUCACAUGAACCAGGGAUGUCUCGUCCCGCUCCGUCCCCCAUCUACACCCUGAGGGGGGCUGGUGGGCCACUCAACACCCUGCACUUUAGCUGCCUUGGAGGGGACACUCCCCUUCUAUUUUCUGGGUCAGGGACUGGUGCCAUCCAUAUCUGGAACCUGAACAACAGGAGGGCUGAGAAGAUUGUAGAAGGUCAUUCUGGUAGCUCGGUCAUUUGGGUGAACUCUCUGCAGUCGAAAGAUGCCCUCAUCAGUCAGGGACGGGACAUGCAGGUGUGUUUGUGGGACCUGAGAGAAGGUCGCAGUGAGCUGGUGGACUCGGUGUGGACCGACAGCGUUGGAUUCUGUCAGUGCUCCCUCUUGGAGUCGAGCCCUGGAAACUACUUGCUGGCGUUUGCUGGAUCACAGACAGAAGAGAUAAAGAUUAUUGAGCUGCCCAGUAAGACUCCAGUCUGCACCCUGGUCCCAGACGCUAAGCUGGGGAUGGUCAUGUGUAUCAAACUGUGGCAGCCAGACUCGGGUCCCGGACCUCUCCUGUUGGCUGGAUACGAGGACGGCUCCUUAUUGCUGUGGGACGUAACCCAGAGGUCUAAGCUGAGCCAAGUCAAAGCCCACCCUGAACCCGUCAUGUGCCUGACCUUUGACACCAAGCGUCUGAGAGGCAUAUCAGGCUCCUCUGAGAAGAAGCUCACUUCCUGGAUGCUGGACACACAGACCAACCUGCAGCUCCAGGACUGUGUGACGCUGGUCAACCCUGGGGUUUCCGACCUGUGCAUCAGGGACGACGGCAAGCUUCUGGCGUCAGCGGGCUGGGACCACAGAGUGCGGGUCUUUGGCUGGAAGAAGCUGCGGCCGCUGGCAGUCCUUCAAUACCACACCGACGUGGUGUUGAGCGUGGCCUUCUCAAACCACCAGGACCCCAGACAGAGACUGCUGGCUGCUGGAUCCAAGGACCAGAGGAUCAGCCUGUGGUCAAUAUACAACGAAGGAGCUGACAACAGCUGAACCUCUGACUCCUGGGAGGACACACAGACUUUCUCUCAAACCUUCUUAUCUGGCAUCUGCCCUGAUGCAAUGUGAUGCAACGGCUGCUCCAUAUUUCCGUCAUUCUUGCAGUCAAAACUCUUUCUGCUUCGUGGUAAAAACCUGUUUCCCAACUUGCACCACAAAGAGGACUUUUCAGUUAUUCACCCUCAUUGAUAUAAAAGGAGUGGAGUUCAAUGCAACAGCACCAGGUUUCUUCAAUACUGCUUUAUUAAAUUCAAUCUGAACAUUAAACCCUUCUUGAAGUUAGGAUUUAAAGCAGAUCUAUAUUAUACUGCGUUCGAUUUUUUUCAAGGGCAUCUAAUCCACUGAGUAUUAACCUCUGGGAGCAGCGGACAACAUGUUGAGGUCGCCGGUGUAAGGAGAGGAUAUCCGGUCUGAUGAGUCCAAAGGAGUUGAAUGUUUCUCCACACCAAACCAGAACAAAUAACUUUUUGUAGAUGUUUUAAAUCCAGAAAACCUUUUGGCAAAUCUCAAUAAAAACUACCUGCAUUCAUGAAUGCAGAUAAAUUUAAAAGCUGAUGCAUUUCAGUCGAUGUGCUUUGCCUCUUUUACAACCAAAGCCUGCUCAAAUGUAAUUGGUCAAACUAGCUGAGAAACCAGAAGGCUUCUGGACCAUAAACCACCUACAGUUUGUUCAUAUAAGCAGAAUCUGUUUAUAGAGAUCAUAUAAACAGGUAACUGUCUUUGAAAGAUAAAGUAAACAUGAAGUUGUAAAAAAUGAAGACGGCAUUCUAUAUCAAGGCUGUAUCGUGUCAUAAUCCAGUAUUUUAAAUUUAAAUUUAGCCUUUUAGAGCAGCUCAUCCAUUCUUUUGCUGUUAAUCCUGUUGAAACGGCUGCGGUCUUUUCAAAUAGUUAAUUAGGCUCCCGCAAAGUUGUUCAGCCCACUGUUUUCUCAAGGCUGAUGCGAUGCCCUGUGCAGCUAAAGUGAUUGUGUUGACUUAUCUGAUGGGAGAUAUGCUCCAGUGGACCUGGAUUCGAGGUGUACAACGCACCUGAGCAGCUAUGUAAUCCCGUGUUGUUAUUCUAGCAGGUCUUAGUUUAACACACAGGCGCUGCAGCCUGACCUGAGCUGUAUUUGUUUAACCAGGUUAAUCACAGCAGGGGUAGAGAAUAGAGGGAUGUUGUUUUAGUAAAGGUGCUCAUCUGCAGUUGGUGUUAUCUGUUUAGGAGCUGAUUUGUUUUUUUUAUUUACUUUAUAAAUCUUUUAAAAAAAUAGAAGAACAGAGAAGAAUGUACUCCUAACUUUACACAAGUAACAUGUAGAAGAAUCUGUUUUUUAACAUUUUAUUGUAGACUGGUCAGACUAUCAAUAUGCUGGAUAAUGAUGCAUUUAAUAUACAUGUUAUGCCAAAAACAGAUGUCUUUUUAAGAAACGGACGUUUGUCAAGAAAGAGGCCAGGGGUCCUAUUGUGAAAGUCCCAGAGAAAUAUAGAGGUUAUGAUUUUCUGUCCACUGUCUCUGACGAGCAACAUGGGAGCUCAUGUGUUACAACACGGUGCCAGGAGGCCGAGGGGGCCGGGGCUUCAAACGCCCAACGUUCUGCUUCAUAAAGGCUUUUUUCUCCUGGGAUAACCCCAAAAUUGAUAAGCUCAUCAUGCUGUACAGGAUAGGCCUGAGAAAUCAAAGAGCCGGGCCCGACAUAAUGGCCACGAAUCAUUAGCGAACAGAGGAAAGACAAGGUCAUCUGCUCGACAAGCCGCCUCGCUGUUUCGCAACUGUCAUGGAAAACGGUGUGUAACUGCAGCUCUGGGUUGUCUAGCUUGUGUUCAGUGUAAAGUUCUAAAAAGCAUUUAUGUUUUGUAUUUUGUUGAAAACUUUUUAUCAUUUAAAAAAAUACUUGAACUGAAAACUCUUUUUUUUCCUUAACUGCCUGGUUAUAAUGACAUGUUUUCCUUGUAUCCUGGUCUAUACCUUUUGUGUCUGACCCCUACGGUGACAUCUCGCCUUCAUAAUAGCUUCCUAACUCUCCUGUUGGCUUUGAACAAACACUAGAGGUGGCGUGUGGGCCAGCUUCCGUCCAUUCUCUGAUAAAUCAAAUGCUACGUCCAUUGGUGCAGAUGUCUGCUGAAUGGAGCCGACAGCCACCCACCGGCCUUAGAAGUGGCUGGUGGACGUCGUAAAUCACUUCAUAAUGGAUCAUUAAGGAAGUCAAUAAAUGGACAGGGAAGCUGUCAGCACAACGGGCCCUGUGCUUCACUUAUCAACAAA